AUUUAUUCCACGGUUACCCACCUGCUAGUAGUCCAACAAGUGCCACCCCACAAUCCAUAACCUGGAAUACCAAGCACUUCCCUCUCCAACGUACGAUAUCACCUUCGACAUCACAAGUAUACGAGCAAGUUCCUCGAGAAAUAUUGCCAAUCAGACAUAGAUCAAGCAUCCAAGUAGCUCCUCAUGACGAGCCGAUACGACCUGAGCUCCGGACUGGAUCUGGACACCAGCUAUGCUUCUUUGCCCGGCACAAGUGGAAUACCUGUCACUCAAAAUUCGACGCCUCUGAAAGCCAGAAUACAAAAUCAAAACUUGGGAGGAUGUCACCCUUCGAGAUGGAUAUAUGAACUUUUGCACAAUAACUUCACUGUAUGCGAUGUCUUUGAACGAUUGGGCGAAACAGAACUCAACGUACCAUAUCCAUGGGAGCAUCCCCAUCGACUGAUGAUAAAUGGUAACCAGAGUUACUCAACCAACUCAACGCGGAUAUUAUCCUCGGUGUGCCUUGAUUGCCACUUUCAUUUCGUGUUCAAGAUGUCAUGGGACGAGCAGCACUCUCAUGAGUUGUGCAAUCCUCAGCAGGCACAGUGGCCUUUGAGUGAUGCGCGAUUCCCCUGGCAUCAUCUUGUUUGGGUUGGGCAAGAGCCACAAUCUCCGCCACUCGUUGAGAUUGACAGACAACGAAACAAGUAUUACCCACUAGUUGCUCGCGAGCCUUUUGCAUGCUCAGCCGGUCCAUGCACGUUCUCAGUCACACUGGAAAUCUCGGAGCCUCGCAUGACUCGCGAAUGGAUCGACCUAUUACUUGAUCACGAUACCAUUCGUAAGAGUGUGCGCCUUGCCAAGGAACAGGAUCCGGAACGGUACGCAGCAGCAACUGAUGACUGGGCGCUGCAAGCUCCUCUGAACCUGAACACAUAUCUUAAGAAUUUACUUGAGGCCACUUCACAAGAGAAUGCCAGGAGCAUUUCGAAGAGGAACAAGCGAUUUUUUGUACUCUUCGGGCCUCGAUGCUUUGAAAUAUUCAGACAACUCGAAUUCGAGGAAAAAGUUGAUGUAAUGGAAGAUGGAGUCGAUGGAGGGACUUUCACACCUCCGAUCCCUCCUCAGUCAGACAAUCCCUCUGGGGCUACCGAUAUAGGGACAUAUCGAGCGUACAUUGAAGAUGUGAGAUCUGAAGUUCAAUGCAUUAUACACAGAGGCGGACAGCCUGCUGAGCUUUGCACUCCUGGUCUACAUGCCGAUUUGGGAUGCGCAGAGGAACCGAACGUGGAUUCUGUCUUGGUGAAAAUUACGCGUUACGAGAUCAUGGGCGUUUUGCCAAAUCAGCCGAAGGAGGUUGUUGUCAAUGCUUACAAGAGACAGUGGGAAGUGGCUCCUGAUAAGCGAAAAGGACUCAUUGAUGCUCUUGUGAGUAUUGCUAAUGACCUUAACGACCAACAGCUCAAUGAAUACGCUGUUAUGCAAUCAUCUAUCUUCGAGAGCCAAGUCCAAAGUCAAACAAACAGUGAUGACGGCGGGUUGACAAACCAGGCUUUGCUCUUCUUCGAGCUGCAGCCUCUGAACGAAUACAAAGCACAAUCCAUAGUUCAGGCAUUCCGACGAAAGGUGGCACAAGAUCCCAGCUGUGCAAACACAGCUCGAAAUAUGUUGAUGCUGAUCUCUCAAGCAUCUACCGAUGACAACUACACGGCAGAGUUGGUGAUGGAGUAUGGGGAAGGAUUUUCUUUGCCUACGGCGAAAGAGAUUCUUGGCUUAAGUGAUGCUAGUGGCUUUGGGCCCGAUACGCUGGACAACGUCAAAGAAAAGAUUCGAAACGCCAAAGACAAAGACGCCAAGACAACUUACUUGGAGGCUAUGGAGAAGAUCGCCGAGCACACGAAUUCAACAGGUCUCAAGAGCACAGUUAGCGAGUUAAGAGAAAUGCAUGGUAUUGCAGCUCCUGAUGGAAGCAGCGCCACGGGCGUCUCAGCACAAGCUGCGAACUUUGAUCUUCCGGUCGGGCUGGAGAAUAUUGGAAAUACCUGCUACCUCAACAGCCUUUUACAAUAUCUUUUUACUGUUAAACCAGUUCGAGACGUCGUUGUCAACUAUGACAAGUUCAAGCUCGAGUUGACGGAUGAGAAAAUCAAGGAGCGAUUGCUCGGCGGUAACAAAAUGCAGCUGGAUCGUGGCGAGGCUGUCGUUGCUCAAGCUUUUGUACAGGAGCUUUCGGAUCUUUUCAACAACCUUGAAAAAUCCGACAAGGUAGCAACGCGUCCCUCUCAGAGGCUAGCCAAUGCUGUCCUUUUGUCCACCCGCACGCUUCUCAAAGAUACGAAGAGCUCUGCUGAAGCAACAACCGAGUCUCGGCCGCCGCCGCUUCCUACUCGACCGCCCCCUGGGCCCCCAGCAAAGGAAAAAGAUGAUGUAGAGAUAAUCACUGUAGCCGCUAAUGACAGCCGCGAUCCAGUUGAUACAGCUAGCACCGUCAGCUCGCAGACCCUUGUCGAAGAGGACUCUGACCGUUCUUAUGAGAAGGUGGAGACCUCUCCAACAACCACUGAAGAUCAGGUAAUUGAUACGGUGAUGGAGGUUGGACAAGAUGAGGAUGUCAUUGAAAUCAGCCGAAUAAGUGAUGGGCCUAUGGAGAUUCCCGAGGCCGUCGAAAAAGGGAAGAACGGCACAUCUCAGGAUAUUGAGUCUACCGAUGUCAACAUGCCGGAUGCUGAGGAGCCACAAACGGUCGACCAGAAGGUGCUGACUGCUCUGGAACACCAAAAAAGGUCUUCUGGCACCGACCAGCAGGAUGUAGAAGAGGUAAUGGGUAGCAUCAUCAAUCGGCUUCAAGCCGCUAUACGCCCAUCAUCCGUUGACGAGUCAAGCGGUAUUCAACUAGAAGAGAUCAUGGAAACUUUCUUCGUUACCACCAUCAAUUACACCAAGAAGUUUGAUGACAAGACUUACCAGAAGGAAAUUAGCUUCGAUCGGUCUAUCACAGCAUUCCCCGCCCCCGAAGGAUCAUGCUCACUAUACGAAGCCCUGGGCCGAAAUUUCGACCAGCAAAUUAUCGAAGAAGACAAACUUUCACGAUAUACAGCCAUCAAGACGCUGCCCCCUGUUCUGCACGUACUCAUUCAACGGUCGCAGUCUAUGGGGAGCAAGAAUGGCAACCCAGUGCAAAUUCCUGAAACAUUAUACCUCGACCGAUACAUGGAUGCCCAUCACGAGUCGUCGACUUUCAGAGAAAGAGUCAAGGGUUGGGCCACCGCCAGCCGCAUAUCUGACAUCAAAGCCUCCAAGGCUGCAGUUGAGAGCACGAUUCCAACUGGACCCAUCCUGGAGAGCUUUGGACAAGAAGAGGAAGCCAAUGGCAGUAUUGCAGCUGUCACAGAAGACAGUGAAAUGGCAGAUGGUGUGAAGAUCGUGGAAGAGGACUGGGACUUCGAUGGUACGGUCGAUGACGAUUAUCUUCUUGUCGGCCGACCUAGUGUAAACCCAGUGAUCUCGGCUGAUCUACCUUCCAAGCCAAAAGACAUCAAAGACACCGAGACCGCCAUCCGGGAGAAGAUGAAUUCUGAGCUCAGAGAGAAGGAGGAAGUCCUGGAGAACUACUACUCCAAGUUGAAGAGCAAUCCAUAUCGGCUCCAUGCAGUCAUCUGCCAUCGUGGCCAGCUGAUGUCUGGUCACUAUUGGGUAUGGAUUUACGAUUUUGAACAGGAUGUUUGGCGCAAAUACAAUGAUUCCAACGUCGAGGUCAAACGCAGCACGGAUGAAGUUUUGAACACAUUGAGCACCAGUGGAGAGCCAUACUUUCUUUGCUAUGUCCGUGAUGAAGACAAGGAGAAAUACGUCGACGUGCCUCGGCGUCGAAGACCAGCGCCACAAUCAGAUGCCCCGUUCGAAAACCUUGACGCCGAUGGAGAUACCAAAGUCACCAAUACUGAACCGCUCAAGACCUCAGAGUCUCCUCAGGAACUUCCGCCCGCAUACUCGGAGCAAAAGAGUGACUAGAAACCUCAUCCAUUGCCGGCUAGAAAAAGUCAAGCGUCCGUUCAGUCCAAACAACCAGCCCUAGCUAAAACGGGCGCGGCGGCGGCCUCUGGAUUUCAACCCCCUCGAAGCCUAGCUAAACGAUUUUCUUUGUCGGAUGAAAUCGAUCCUGGUUCUUCUACAGAAGUGGACGUGUAUGAAGUUCCGCCAUCACCUACAAAACGACCAAAGCUUGUCAAG